AUGAAGUCCUCAAUUUUCAUUGCACCUCUUUUAUUUUCCGUCAUUGGUGCCCUUGGCAAAAAGAAAGGACCCAAUAUUGUCUUCAUUUUCACCGACGAUCAGGAUCUCCGACACGGCUCCGUCGACACCCAAAGAGCAGUUAAAGAACACAUCGCCGCUCAUGGAACUGUCUUCACCAAUCACUAUGCCAGCGUUGCCGUUUGCUGCCCUAGUCGCGUGUCCCUCAUGCGCGGACAGCAUGCACAUAAUACCAAUAACACCGCCAUCAAGGCGCCCGGAGGAGGUUUUCCCAAAUUCAGAGCUGCUGGUCUCGAAGAAGAAUAUCUGCCCCAUUGGCUGGAGAAGGCCGGCUACAACGCCGAGUAUGUCGGGAAACUCUUCAAUGGAGAUUCAAUCAUUUCAUACAACCCUGCCCCAAAAGGCUGGAGACACAUUGACGUCUUGCUGGAUCCAUACACCAACGCCCAUAACACAGUUGUCAUGUCGGAGAACGGCGCACGACCUGUAUGGUAUCAGGGCUUCCAGCAAACAGAUGUCGUGCGGAUCAAAGCCCUCGAUCGACUGGACACUUUGUUGAAGGAGGAAGACCCUUUCUUCCUCAUGAUUGCUCCAACCGCGCCUCAUGUGGAGAACUUGCGAGAUCCUCCAACGCCGCCCGCUCGAUAUCUCGGAUCUUUUGCCAAUUCCACUGUUCCUCGUACUCCCAACUUCAAUCCUGCUGAUGAAUACCAACAUGGUAAGCCUAGUUGGCUGAGGACGCUUCCCAGUUUGAACAACACUCAGAUUGCCGAGAUCGACCACUUCUACCAGCGCCGACUUGAAUCUCUCAAGGGAGUGGAUGACAUCAUUGACGAUGUUGUCGAGAUGCUUACCGUCAACGAUGCAAUCGAUGACACAUACAUUAUCUACACCACGGACCAAGGAUAUCACCUUGGAACUCACCGCACCGGUGUUGGCAAGUCACUUCCUUAUCUAGAAGACACCAAUAUUCCCCUCAUCGUACGCGGUCCUGGUAUUCCCAAAGGCGCCGUUUCGAGCAAUCCUAGCCUAGUCGUCGACUUUGCUCCCACUUUCCUUGACAUCGCGGGAUUGGACCCUAAUGAUCGACCGCCGUUCUGGGAUGGCUCAAGUCUGCUCGACUCGUGGAAGAGUCCAAACUCUCCGGAAAUUUCCAAGAGAAAGGAGGCCGUUAACAUUGAGUACUGGGGUUCUGGAUUUGUCGAGAUGCACCAAUGGUCAGAGGGCGAUUACGGCAUCUCCUUCCCUGGACUUUACUCGAAAAACGACUACAAGACAAUGCGUGUUGUGGGAGACUCCAGUUGGUGGAUGUAUUCACGAUGGUGCAGCAAUGAUACAGAGCUCUAUGAUACGAAGAAUGAUCCAUAUGAGUUGGUGAAUCUCGCCAACUCGACCGACCUACUUCAUGUUCGCGUUUUAACGAGACUGAACGCGCUGCUCCUUGUCUCGAAGUCAUGCACUCAAGACACUUGCAGACACCCUUGGAGUGUCAUCCAACCCCCGGAUCUUUCGUCUUCGAAUAGAGUGCGAACUCUGGAGGACGCUUUAAACCCUGCUUACGACGAGUUUUACGGGUCUUUCCCGCUCGUCACCAUCGCAGAGUGCAUGAACUACCAGUUCGCGCCAAAUGAAGGGCCAUUCUAUCCGACUGGGGUUGAUUAUGGUCUCGGACUUGCAUACAGGAAUGCGACCGACAAAUUCGUCUUUCCAGAUCCAAGCCCAGUAGUGGAAUUGCCGCGUAAUUUGACUCUUGGUGGCGGCUGGGAGCAUCGUCAUGCCACACAUGAGGCGCUGCUGAGGAGUGGUCGGGAGUUGACGGAUGAUGAGCUUAAGAACUCAGACGCUAAGCUGGGGGGGAGGAGUUUGCACCUGGUUGAAGGAUGA